AAAUAAAAUGAAAAGAAAAAACAGGGACUAUAAGCAAUUUGAAAUGUAUAUUAUUGAAGAAGAAUUAGAAUCCUGAACACAUGAUGAAUUUCUACUAAUCAAUAAAAAAGAGAAACAUCAACAGAAAGUGGGCAAAAUAUGUGAAUAGGUACAUCACAGAAAAAGAAACACAGAUGGUCAAUAAACACAGGAAACGAUGUGCUCAUUCUAACUUAUAAUUGUGAAACAUGAAUUACAAAUAUAACUAGAUACCAUUUUACAUCAGCAGAAUGUCCAAAGUACACCCCAUCAAUCAUAAAAUCACAGAUGGAGAGGAUAAACCAAAAUGCUUAUUCUGAUAUGAUAUAUACAAUAUACACAACUCCACUUAUGAAGUAUCCUCACCAAAAACCAAUUUGAUUUUGAAUCUGAUUAAGUUUCAUGAUUUAAAUAUCAUUCUGUGUGAAAUAGGAGGGAUGUAGGAAUAUGUUGGAUGACAUCAUAGCCAUGUGUUGGGAAAGGUCAUCAGAAAGACGUGACCCCAGGUUUGGCCUUCAAACUGGACCCGGGCAUUCAGCGGCUGCUCACUCCCUCCCUGUCCUUGAAAUGUGCCCUCUGCUUGCCUUCCCCAAUCUAGAAGCUGCCCAGGGACACAGCCUGGAGACAGUCAUGCAAUGUUGAGACCACAUGGACUGUGUAUAUGACCAAGCCCAGUUAAACUUCUGGGUAAACUUGUAAGAUUUGGUGGGUGGGUACGGAAAUCUACUUGUCUUACAGCCUCCGAUGUAAGUUUCUUUGCUUAUUGAACCUGCUGCCCACCAGUCUGGAGCAGUCUGCCUCUUUGGUUUCUCCCUUCCCUGCUUGUGGUGGCGGUGGUGCUGGGGUAGGGUGGUGAUUUCACGUUUCACCCAGGAAGCUCCCUGGGAGGCUGCAAACCAACAGCGGAAGAGUGAGCCAGGAGACCAAAGAAAUGGGCUGUAGGAAAGAGGGAUCCACAGGGGGAGAUCUCAGGUGGGCCCUCCACCUCUCCGUGGGCAGGCAUGGCCGAUGUGUGGGAUGCCUGUGGGCCAAUGCAUGAGUACGGGGGCGCCCUGAGAACGCCGGCUGCUGCCAUGCGCUGUUUAAGGAACUGUGCAGAGUGCCCUGUGACAAAGAAGGGAAACUUGUGGCUGCCACCGGGGGCUGACCUCUACUGGGGGCAGUUCGGGCUGGGCAUCAAUGCCCAACUAGAGGCUGAAAUGAAAGUUAAAACGUUAAAGGAAGAGCUGAGGUACGGAAGGAUGUGCAGUAUCCACUGCUCUGCUAGCUCUGGGCUGACACACAGGGUGGGAGAGCAGGUUGGUAAGUUUAGAGACCUGAGCUUGUGACAAAACCUGGUUAGGAUACCAAGAGGUGGAGUUUCUAGGAAGAAGAAGAAAAAGAGGAGGAUGUUGAAGUGAUUGAUGAGAAAAGAACAAAAAGCCUCUUGCCAUCUGACUCCUAAUACAAAGGGAAACUUUAAAUAACAAUUACCCCAAAGCCUAGGAGAAAACUUACAUUUGUUCUCUGUCCCUUGUGGUUGUAAAUCUUACUGUGUUUUUAAAAUGUAAACACCCCAGGAGUUAAACAAAACAUUGCCCAUAGAUACUAAAAAAAAAGGGGGUGGGUGAGUGGAUGGAGGGCUUUUUCAUAAAAGUUCUCUUGCCAAAAUCGAUUUGUAAAAGAACUAAGGUUUUGUUUUGCUUUUUUUGUUUUACAAAGCUAGUAGAAAUAAUAAGGAUGAAAAAAAAUCAGUGUAUGUAAAAAGUAGAAUGUGUGUUUCUGGUAAAAGAAGGGUGAGAUGCACUUCUGGUAAAGAAAAUAAAAUGUGUUUUGUUUUGUUUUUAGAUAAAAAAUGUUGCACAACGUAAAAGCUGAGAAUUAUGCUUUAUUGGAGGACAUUAGUGAGGAACUGUUGCAAAGAGGUGACUUUGAAGGAGCUCCACUCUUAGAGUUUGAGAAGCAGAAGAAAGAGGGUCUCAGGAGCCUCCCAGGAACUUGAGAGGGUUGCGCGCCCCGGACUGGCAAGUGAGGGGCGGGGGUGUGUUUCUCCAGAACCGAGGCGCCGCAGGCUUUUAAAUGGGGCAUCCAUGAAAACCCGGAUCCAGGAUCGCUGGGCCUGGACGCGCCGAGGGUUAUCCCCUUUCCCAAAUCUCCUCUCCAAGUCUUCGCCUGAACUCCGGCCGGGCGCAAACUGAAAGUGAAAAACCGCGGGGCUGCAGCCGGCCGUGGGAGCCUACUUCUCCGUGACGAGAUUUUUUUUGAUGCCUUCUGGUUUAAAGAAACUCCAGCUGCUCUGAUGAUCGCUUAAGAAGACUGCAUGCUGUUCCCUUUCAAUGCCAAGCCAGGCCCACUCAGAACCUCAGUUCUCAGUCCUCCAUGGAGACCAGGUCCCAGCAGGAAUGGCAGUGGAGGAAAUUGGCACCCAGAUGGUUCCUCCACGUGAAGUUGUCUUGGGCUGCGGGCCGACUCGAGAACACCUGGUAACCAGGCUAGCCCUCUGUCAGUCACCCAGGGCAGGGCAGCAUGGUGCGGAUUCAGAGGAGGAAGCUUCUGGCAUCUUGCCUGUGCAUCACAGCUACUGUCUUUCUGCUCGUCACACUCCAGGUAGUGGUUGAGCUGGGAAAAUUUGAAAGGAAGAAGUUUAAAAAUUCUAAUUUGAACGACGGACAUGCACAAAUGGAAGAAGAGCCUAUACAUCUCCAUCCAUUCCUUAAGAGAGAAGGACUGACCCUGAAUAGGAAAAAAACAAUGGCAGCUGAUAGCUACCCCAUCAUGCUCUGGUGGUCCCCACUGACUGGGGAAACUGGAAGGCUAGGCCAGUGCGGGGCAGACACUUGUUUCUUCACCAUCAACCGGACCUACCUCCAUCAUCACAGGACCAAAGCCUUCCUCUUCUAUGGUACUGACUUUAACAUAGAUAGCUUACCUCUGCCUCGGAAAGCCCAUCACGACUGGGCCCUUUUUCACGAAGAGUCUCCGAAAAACAAUUAUAAGCUCUUUCACCAGCCAGUCAUCACCUUGUUCAACUACACGGCCACCUUCAGCCGGCAUUCCCACCUGCCACUAACUACCCAGUACCUGGAGGGCACAGAAGUCCUGAAGUCACUCCGAUACCUGGUCCCCUUGCAGUCCAAAAACCACCUUCGGAAAAGCCUCGCUCCUCUGGUGUACGUACAGUCCGACUGUGACCCACCCUCAGACAGAGACAGCUACGUUCGAGAGCUGAUGACGUACAUCGAGGUCGAUUCUUACGGCGAGUGUUUGCGAAACAAAGCUCUCCCUCAGCAGCUGAACGGUCCAGCCUCUAUGGACGCUGGUGACUUUUAUAGGAUCCUUGCCCAGUAUAAGUUUAUCCUUGCUUUCGAGAACGCGGUUUGCGAUGACUAUGUCACUGAGAAGUUCUGGAGACCUCUGAAACUGGGGGUCGUUCCUGUGUAUUACGGAUCACCCAGCAUCGCAGACUGGCUUCCAAGUAAUAGAAGUGCUAUCCUGGUAUCAGAAUUUUCUCACCCUAGAGAACUGGCAAGUUACAUCAGACAGCUGGAUCACGACGACAGACUGUACCAGGCCUACAUAGAAUGGAAGCUGAAGGGUGAGAUCUCGAAUCAGCGACUUCUCACUGCUCUCAGGGAACGGAAAUGGGGGGUGCAGGACAUCAAGCAGGACAACUACAUCGACGCAUUUGAGUGUAUGGUGUGCACCAAGGUGUGGGAUAACAUUAGGCUCCAGGAAAAGGGCUUACCACUCAAACGAUGGAAGGCAGACAUUACCCACCUGAGCUGUCCAGAGCCUACAGCGUUUGCUUUCUCACCCCUCGCCCCACGUCGGAGCUCUUUGCGAGAGAUGUGGAUACCAAGCUUCCAACAAUCCAAGAAAGAAGCCCAAGCACUAAGGAAUGAAAAUGCUUUAGGAACUCAGAGGGAAUAUAGAAUUAUGAGCUGUGACUGGAAUGAGAAAGACCUGAUUUUAGUCCCUACUCUUUGAUGUACCAUCUUUAUUACGUUGGUCAAGUUAUUCGACCUUUUAAAGCUGUAUCUUGUUCAUGUGUCAUGUUUGCUCCCUGUGAGGUUGUUGUGAUGAUUAAGUAAGCUUGUGUUCAUACUUCUCUCAGUAAAUGCGAGCUGUAGUUGUUCCAGCUAUCUGUGGCCAUCACCCUUCUGUUUGUGAAGACCCGGGUUGAGAUUGGUUCAGGAAAAGGGAAUGACUAAUGAUUGGACCAGGGAUGUUACCCUUUUGUUCUUUGUUUAGUUGUUUCAAACAUAUUUAUUGUUAUGAGAUGGGCAUUGUGGUAGGCACUGUAGCAGAUACAAGCAGGACAAUGGAGAAAGGUGUGAGGGGCAUUGUGAUACGCGGAUGGUAUUAAAACCAGGGACAGAGGAAGGCUUGAAUUGUGCUAUAACUGUCUCUCCCUUCCAUGGGAUUUCUGAUGGAGUUUUACACAAAGUUCCCAAGAGCAUAAUGAAACUCAGCAACCUCUUUAUAGUAGCUGUGCAAACCCAAAUAAACCCAGUGCAAUGAACUCUGGUAAAAGCUGGAUUUGAACAUAUAAUUUAGAUUUGAAGCCUAAGGAGCAUCUUUUAUGGCCUUUCUGUUUCUCAAUUCUCAGUCUUAGGACCAGCCUGUUCAAUGUGCCAAGAGAAAGGAGAGAAAGUCUGUAGGUCCUCACCCUGCUUCCUCAUUAACCAAGGAUCAAAACAGGAAUAAAAGAGGGCUUAGGUGACAAGCCCUCUUUGCUCUCCACUUGCUAUGGAUGCAAGAAUAUGGGGUGCGUUGCAUGAGAGCUCCCUUUUAAGUCAUAGUAACCUCUCUGACUAGUAAAUGUGACCUCAUUAAUAUCCUGGGCCCAACCCAUUAAAUUAGUGACCCCGUUGGUGCUGGUGGAAGGGGGAUUAUUAAGGACUUGGGCAGGAUGCAAGGUGUGAGAAGGAGCAGGAGUGACCCUCCAUGAUUUUUGUCCUCUCAACUCAUUGGGCUUAACAGCCAAGCCUGGGGUCAGUCAGAGGUGGACUGUGUCCCCAGGAGGGUAUGACGUAUCAUGAUCAACAGAGACCUCCUUUUACCUUUCUGGGCUUCUUCCCUGGUAACAACCCUUGCUCUGUGGUAUCCCCCUGGAGCCAGUGACAUGCGCCGUUCAGCUCUUUGUCUCUUGAAGCUUCUGAAAUGAAUCAGGACUGAACGUUGAUCAAUGUCUCCAGGAGAAUUGUGGACAUUAAGUCAAAAAUUUGUUCCCUAUUUUAUUUCCCAUUGCAAACCAUGACUUACUUCAUCAUCCAGCUUUGCUCACCGGAGGAGGUUAUACAACCAGCCCCAGUAGGCCAUUAGGAAUACUUGGAAUUUUACUAUCACAAACUCCUUAAUUAAAAAAAACACUGAUUGAGUAGGUAAUUAAAGAUUUUAGAGACUACCAGUGUAGGUAGCUGGUGCCGUUAAUGGUUUUAAGGCAAGGGCAGUAUCCCAGGAGCCUUUGGAAUGAGCCUCACAUAGAUCGCUUCGUAUGUAUACAGAGUAAACGUGACUGCAGACUCAUCUGGUGAGUCACACUCACAGAAAAAUAAAGUCAGUUUACUUAAUGAUGUCCUUGAUGAAGUAAUAAAAAUGACUAACUUUAUAAAACCUUGACCUUUGAGUACAUGUCUUUUUAAUAUUCUAUGUGAUAAAAUGGGGCGUGUAUAUAAAGCAUGUCUGCUGCACACCAAAGCACAAUGGGAAUCUCAAAGAAAAGCACUGUGUGAUUGUUUGAGUUGUGAGCUAAACUUUUCCCUGGAAAACCAUUUUUGCUCAAAAGAGUGUCUGGCAAACUGUGGGUUGUUCAGUGAUGGGUUUUUGUCAGUCAUCUUCAUGGAAAUGUAGUGAGCCUGUCACUUUAAGAGAACCAAUAGACUUUGUUGCCAAUGAUAAAAUUUCAGCUUUCAAAUGAAAAUUAAAAUUUUGGAAAACUAAUUUCCACCACUUCGAACUUGACAACCUCCUGAUUCUUGAGACUUUCCUGAUGAGACUAACAAAUGUUACUUUUGACAUUGAAUGGAAACAGAGGUGAUGACGUGUAAAGGAAUUUUUAUUUUUAUUUUUUUUAGGUAAGAAGUGGAUUUAUUUAGAGAGAAACACACUCCACAGAUAGAGUGUGGGCCAUCUCAGAAGGUGAGAAAGGCCAGGAGUUUUUAGUUUAUUAGUUUGUUUUUAUAAUUUGAAGGAAGGAAGAAAUAGUGUUGUAUACUAGAGAGAGAGAGCAUUUGUUUUAAAUUAGUUUUUUUGGUUGAAGUGUUCCAUAAGGGAAAAUGGAGUUUCUAGUGGAUAUUUUUUAAAUUAUUGAUCACUUGAAAAUUGGGGUAAGGUAAAAGGUAAUCAGAACUUUCCAUGAAGGAAAAGAAGCCUUUGGUUUUUUUCACUAGGGAAACAAGGAAAAAAUGUAUUCAAGAACAAGAGAAUUAUUUUUAAAAUAUUUUCAAGGAAAUUAUCAUUAUUUGGGUCACUCAGAAUGUCAGGCUGCCUGGAAUCUAUUAAUUUACUCAAUAAUUUUUUAUUGAGCACUUAAUAUGUGCCAGGAAUUAUUCUGGGCCAAGAGGCUAUAGUAGUGAGUGAAACUGACAAAACCCCUGCCACCAUAGAGCUUCUGUGUUAAUUCUGGUAGGGGAAUGAAUAUGGAAACGCCUUAGCAAAAUACAAACCACUUCCAGGAAGGUUUUGUUUCUUUAUUCUGUAAGAGCCCCUUGAGAUGGAAUUUACUUCCUGAAUUUCUCCUACUCUAUUUGAAGCAUGAGAUAUGAUAUAAGUGGAUUAUAUUGAUAGAGUGUAUUAAAUGUGCUAUAUUGACAAGAUGGUUAAAAGUACUGAAAGUUCAGAUUCAGAGUGAGUUGGCAAGUCUGAAAGCAAAUCCUUUCUCUGUUCUUUUCAUUUUUUACUCUAUUGUUUUAUUCCUGUUCCCCAGAAGAGGAGACAUUUCUCCUGUCAAUGUCAUGUGAUUUCCGGCAAGAAUAAGAACUGACUUGGGAAUGGCAGUAACAAUGGUGCGCUCACCGGGCAAGCCGUCCUGCUAUGUGGCUAAACUCCAUCUGUUCACCUUCAGUACAGGGGCUGGGGCGAGUCAAUAUUCACUUAGUUGCAGCACCUGAAAAAGUUUUAUCUUACAAGCCGCAUUCAGUCAUCGUGUAUAUAGCUCACACACCAUUAAUAAGAAGACUCAUUUCACCAGUGAAAUAAUAUUAUCUGCUAGUCUGAGAGAAUGCAGGUCACUCAGAUGAACAUCUUUAGGUAGUAAAGUAUAAUCCCAGAUGUCUUCUACUUCCUGUUUUUAUGGUCUAAAAUCCCAACUUCAGUGUAUGUCUUUAGCCUGGAGGUGAUGAAGCAGAAAUAAGAAAAUGAAACACAUCUGCUCUGACACCCCCUCCAUAAUUUGUUUAUUUUUGCAGUAACUCUAGGGAUGCCAUUGAAAAUGAAUUUUUAUAAUCU